CAUUUCAUUUCAUCACUCACCAGAUUCACCACCAUCCCCGUUCCCUACCCGGGCUGAAUCCAAAGCACGCACAGAAACCCUAGAUGCGUUAAACCCAUUCACAGUUCAAACCUCACACUCACUCUCUCACACACUCUCCACCAUGUCACAAAUGGCGAUCCUCCAUCGAUCUCGCUUCCUUCUCUCCAAACCCACCGCCAUCCGUACCAUCGCCACAUUCCCCUUCCUCUCUCAAGAACCCGAGCUCGCCGAACCCACUCCCAACCCCAACCCCAACCCCACCGCCUCCCCGCUCCCUCCCAACCCCGCUUCCGGCAGCCCUCUUUACGGCGAGAAUUGGCGGAACCCCAAUCCACGCCCCUCCGCCUCCUCCAGCGCCAUCGCCAUCGCCCCCCUCGGCUACACCGGCCGCACCACAUUGUCGGAAUCCUACGACUCCCUCGAGCUCCAGAACUUGUUCGGUGAAUACAUGGCGUCGCAGAAAUGGGAUGAAGUCAAGGAUCUGUUCGAGGCUUGGGUGAGGUCUCUCGACAAGAAUGGGAAGCCUAACAUGCCUGAUGUUAACCUCUACAAUCACUACCUCAGGGCCAACCUCAUGAUCGGAGCCUCCGCGGCUGAGUUGCUCGACAUCCUUGCUCAGAUGGAUGAUUUCAACGUCGUCCCUAAUACGGCAUCGUUUAACCUCGUCCUCAAGUCUAUGCAUCAAGCUGGUGAAACCUUUGCUGCUGAGAAACUCCUCGAACGGAUGCUGGAGUCGGGAAAUGAAUCUCUCCCUGAUGAUGAAUCAUAUGACUUGGUCAUUGGAAUGCUCUUUCUAACGGACCAGAUUGAUGCUGCAUUCAAAUAUAUAGAUUUAACUUUGAAAUCUGGUCACGUGUUGUCAAUGAAGAUAUUUUCGGACUGUGUCAGGAGUUGUGUCAAUAAGGGAAGGCUAGAUUCAUUGGUGACAAUAAUUGAAAGGUGCAAGGCAACAGAAAAAAACAAAGCUCUUUGCCCCUCCUGGACCACGUGCUAUUUUAUAGCUGAAAUUGCAUUGCGAGAGGAUAAUAGCAAGUUAGCCUUUUAUAGCCUGGAGUUUAUGGCUAAAUGGAUGGUAAAGGGUGAACGUGCAAACCCCCCCGUUUUGCUUUCUGUAGAUGAAGGUUUAGUCGUGUCAGCUCUUUUGACUGCAGGUAGAACCUAUAGUUCUGAGCUGCUAGGGGCAUCAUGGGCUGUUUUGCGCCACUCACUGCGUAAAAAGAAAGUUCCUAAUCCAGAAUCAUACCUUGGAAGGAUAUAUGCCCUUGCAUCAAUGGGGAAUCUACAAAAGGCUUUUGGUGCUCUGUAUGAAUAUGAGUCUGCUUAUGGAGAUUCCAAUCAAGAAUCUGAAGACUUGUUCUGCCCAUUUACUUCUUUACAUCCACUGGUUGUGGCAUGCUCCAAGAAGGGUUUUGAGACUUUGGAUAAUGUUUAUUUUCAACUGGAAAAUUUAAGCCGUUCAGAGCGUCCUUAUAAAUCUGUUGCUGCACUAAACUGCAUCAUUUCAGGAUGUGCUAACAUAUGGGACCUUGAUCGUGCUUACCAAACUUUUGAAUCGAUCCAAUCCACUUUUGGGUUGACCCCUGAUAUUCAUUCAUACAAUGGCUUAAUGCAUGCCUUUGGGAAGCUCAAGAAGACACAUGAAGCUUCAAAGGUGUUUGAGCACCUAACGAGUUUGGGUCUCAAACCUAAUGCAAAAUCAUAUUCUGUGCUUGUUGAUGCCCACCUGAUUAACCGGGAUGUCAAAUCUGCUCUGUCAGUUGUUGAUGAUAUGUUGGCUGCUGGUUUUCAACCGACGAAAGAGAUUCUUAAAAAAAUAAGAAGGCGAUGCAUACGCGAGAUGGACUAUGAGACUAACGACAGACUGGAACUGCUUGCUCGAGAUCUGAAUUACCGAUUGGGUGCAGAAGCCCGGCAAAACAUUUUGUUUAAUCUUAAUUACAGUAUGGAUUAUGCUUGAAAGUGGCAGGCGCACUUUUUUUUGAUGUCCAAAUCAAUUAUUUAAGUUAAUAUGCAAAUCCCUUAUUGCAUCCAUUUCCGAGGCAAUCCCUGCAUGUAUAUUAGUGGAUGCUGCUGAGGUUUUGCCGUGGCAGGAUGGCAAGGAUAGCUUCCUGCAAUCUUAAUUUUUGUACGUAUGUGUUUAUGAAGCUGGGAGGAUGUUGAAGCUGGAAUUGGAUUUCUUGUGGAAAACUGAGGGCAGUGAAUUUUACAGUGAAGUUAAUCUGAAAUAAUUGUAGGACAGAUCCAUUUUCAGUUAGGAUAGAAGAUAUCUUGGUAGACAUCAUCUCUAUUGGUUCUUAGUUUUUUGUUUGUUUUUGACACUUCCCAUUUUUAACAACCUAGUGCUGGCACGGAUUAAAUCUGCAAGGAUUUGGAAACCUUCCUAAUUUUUUUUAUGUCUUCUUGUAUGGAGCUAUGGUUGUAUUUCAUUCUACUGCUAAUAAUAGCAACACUCUAUUGGUUUGCGAUACGAA